AUGGAUCGAUCCAGUAAAGUCAACAAGUGUUUGUCUAUGCGCGGUGAUCGCACCGUAUCGAUCGACCCGGCGCUUCCUACCCAAGACUCUGGCCAGAUGGAUGGGAACGACGAGUUACUCAAGACCAAGACCAAGCGGUACAAGCUCAAAUUCAGCUGCGCGUGCUCUAGGUUUAAACGAUUCCUCGAAUCAUAUCGGCCGUCCAGCGCAACGACAUGCGAUGCUCCUUCGCUAUCACACAUGCUCCGACGCAGCUUCACACCCGCAAAGAAGAACGAAAACUUCAGAAGGAAGGUGGAUGUCUCUUUAUGGGACAAAGAUCGCAAAGAGUGGUCAAAAGCCAACAUUGGCGUUGCUCUUGUGGAUACGCAAUGCCAGUACAACCUGAUCACUCCUCAGUUUCUAGAGAUGUUUGGUCUGUCACCGAGCCCCAGUACGGAACCGAUCAUGAUAGCACUCAGCAACAAUACCGAAGUGCCGUGCUUGGGUGAGGUCAGAGCAAGAUGGUGGUGCAACGAUUCUCGAAAAGUCCCUAAUUUCCGACCGAAGUAUGAAACAUCGACCUUUUACGUGGUAGAUCUGGAAAUAUUUCAACUCGUGAUUGGGAGUGAUACGAUCGUAGAGUUGGGUCUCUUGCAGGGGAACCGCGCGUUCUUCGGAGCCUUUAUGACUUCACCGCCACGUGUCGACUCUGCCAAGAUCGCUCAAAAACAGCGAGAGGCUGAAGAGAGACGUAAGAAAGAGCGAGAGGAGAAGAGGAAGUAUGAACAGCAACAGAAACAAGCAGCCGCGGCUCGGAAGCCCUGA